GGAAUGCUGCAUAACAGCAAACGCAACAGCCCAGUAGCGAACGUCAUUCCUUAAUGCCCAAAGGUAGGUAGAAACCUCCUGAAGACGAAGCAACUUGGUUCUGUUUGUGAAUCCGUGAAUGGGAUAUAGACCUAUCCAUAGCUCAGCUUGAAAGACCACCUACUUAGGUUUAUGAUAUCUUCAUUCUCUAGGUUAGUUAUACUCUUGUCAUUUAUAGUAAAACCGAAAUCGCCACGCAACCAGACCAUGAAUCGACUUUGUCAAUCUUCCUACGGGAGUCUCGAAGCAGUCAUCAACUUCGCUGGCUGUAAUGGAAAUCCUGAGCAACGCCUGGUUCACUUUUACCGGGACCGCGUCAGUGGAACAUGGUCCAAGGCCGAUAUGAUUUCAACUAGGCCUUUCUCUGGAGGCUCAAUCAUACAGAAUUGCACCAAACGAAACCGAAAUCAGAAUCAUGGCGAUUUCGAAGUUCUUGUCUUGGAGGAUGAUGGAUUGAUGAAACACUACACAAGGGACAACACAAUCCCCGUAGACAGUGGCAAGUAUGCCUGGCAGCUUUCGGCUACGGUCAACGAGGGCCUGCAUCAGCAGUACGGCAAGGUGGUGGUGCGCGAUGCUGCACCUCUAUACCAAAUGAAAAGCCCCAUAAGCGAGUCGUCGAACAGAAACUUCCUACAGACCGCUCUAUUCACUGAUAACGGUCGCAUUUUGCAUUAUCAUUGCCCCCAACCUGAGGAGCCUGAUUCAAAAGAGAUACGCCAUCAAUGGAAAUUCGUUGACAGGAUCACGAACUAUGCCACGGGCCCAGCGUGCCUAUACCAGGACUCUGAGGAUGACCUGAAGGCUCUAGUUCCAAGCUCCGACGGAAUUGUCGAGUUCUCCUUUACGUGUGGGGCUUGGAAUCGACUUCGAAAUAUCCCCGACACCAGCGGCCCCGCAUGUAUCUAUAGCUCCAAUCCGGCCGAGCCUUGGGUAGUAUAUGCGGUUGUCAGGUGUGAGAAUCAGCUACUGAUAAAGUCGAAUAAAAAGAAUGAAGCGGACACAUCGACAUGGUCGACUUGCCCAACUCAACUGCCAUCUCCCUUAAGAAAGCUCUACCGAAGCUCUCACCAUAAAGAACAUGGUGGAAACUCAAUGGCAAUUAUUUCACAAUCUCUGUGUUCUCUUGGGCAUUCCCCUAAUACGGAAGCCAUCGUGUUUCACCCUUGCGGAACGGGAUGGCAAGAUAGAUGGAUGGUCUUGCAUUGGAGUCGCCUGACAGUGACUCAAGACUGGGUGGUGUCCGGGGUAGUGAUGGCUGAAGUGAAGGGCAUGCCAAUGUGAUGAGGACGGAAUGGAAAAUCCAGAUAUUUACCUUGGCAGCGGUUGGAUGUUGUAAGUACAAGGGAAUAAUUGUGCCAAUGGUACUGCAGAACCCGGUGGUGACCCGAGAGUUUAGACACCCAUAGUCCCACUGCAGUAUCUCCAUAGUAACAUGUCGUUAUUUGACUAAGUAAUUUACCUAAUGAGGGUGUAGUCCCAUUGUAGAGAAUAUGAUUC